AUGUUCACCAAGUCGCUCGUUUACCUCACUGCCGUACUGGGCGUUGCCAAUGCCGCCAGCUACAAGGCUACCAUGACGGCCUACGGCUCCAGCGACAACAACGGCUCGGGCAACUGCGUCAAGACGGGAGCUUGCGGCUUCUACUUCAACCCCGGCUACUCUGCCGCCGUCUCCCAGAACCUGUACGGCGCGGGACCCGGCGAGGGCGCAGGCCCUGCUUGCGGCAAGUGCUACGCCCUGACGGCCGAGACGGACAGCACCGGCAACACGCUCAGCGGCACCAAGACGGUCGUCGUCCGCGUCGACAACCUUUGCCCUGCGUCGGGAAACAACGUGUGCUCGAUGGGCUCGCUCUCCGACACCAACUCGUACGGGGCCAACGUCAACUUCGACCUGUGCAUCGACUCGGGCGCCAACACGGCUGUGUUUGGCGGCAACGACAUCGGCCUGGCUGUGGGCACCGCCGAGGAGGUCGACUGCUCGCAGUGGAGCGGCACUCAGAUCGGCUCCGGCUGGUAG